AUGUCGUCUAGUGAGAUAUAUCGUUACUAUUACAAGACCUCCGAGGAUUUGCAGGGCUUCAAGACUGGCGCAACGGAGCCUUAUUUUAAUCCCAUGGCUGCCUAUAAUCCUGGCGUCACACACUACCAAUUCAAUUGCAACUCCUUGGCCAGCUCCAGCAACUAUUUGUCCGCCAAUGGGUUCAUCAGCUUUGAGCAGGCCAGCUCCGAUGGCUGGAUCACAUCAUCACCGUCCAGCCAUCGAUCCGAGACUCCAGAGUAUGUUGAUCUGAAUGCCAUCUACAACAAUGGCUGCAACGGCUUGCCACAGCAGUCAGGUCAACAGUUUGUCUUGCCGCUGGAUCAGCCGGCGGUGACAGCGGGAACAGCGCCUCCGGCGCCUCCACAGCCCGUAAUGGAGAUUAUGGGAUCAUCCAAUGUGGGCACCUGCAAGACGCUGCCACAAGCAGCUCCAGUGACGAAGCCCAAGCGAAGCUAUACGCGCAAGAAUCAACAAGUGGCUGCCACAGAGAACGUUACAGCUGCCACGCCCACAUCCCAAUGUCCCACAACGUCGAACGUCAAUCUCUAUAACGAUGAUUUCCAGAGCUUUGAUUUUGAUAAUUCCGCUCUGUUCGAUGAUAGCGUUGAGGAUGACGAUGACAUGAUGCUCUUCGAUGAUGACUUUGACGCUGACGGCAACGAUGGUUCCUUUGACCUGGCCGAUGGCGACAGCGAGGAUGCCGCAGGCAAUCCCAACGCACCGGCAACUGGUGCUGGCAAAAGGAGGCGCAAUAAACAAAUCUCGCCGGUUGUCAAGCGAAAGCGUCGCCUGGCAGCAAAUGCCCGUGAACGUCGCCGGAUGCAGAACCUCAAUCAGGCAUUUGACAGACUCCGUCAGUAUCUGCCAUGCCUGGGCAACGACCGCCAGCUGUCCAAGCAUGAGACUCUUCAAAUGGCCCAGACCUAUAUCUCCGCCCUGGGAGAUUUAUUACGCUAACACUCCACACUCCAUUCCCUCAAAGCCAACAGUCACUUGCCAAAUGUUGUACCUUCUUUGUAAAUAUUCAUAUAUAGUAGCAUAUGUAAACUAGAACCCAGUAGUAAAUUAUUAUCUAAGUAUUACCAUGUUCAUAGUUUAGUUAAUUUGUUUAAAUGGAAGACAAUGAU